AUGGAUUAUUCGGACGCGAAUGGUCCUGGUAAUCGACAAAAUAUGCAAUGUGAUGAUAAUGCAACGCGUGAUGAUAAUGAAUUGGGAGAUUCAAACACCCAAUGGAGCUAUGGACGUUCCAACAAUGGAUCCCAUGGAGGACAAUUUAUUCAACGAGGACAUACUGACAAUCAUCCAAGACAACAAGGGAUGAUGUUAUUUCAACACAACAAUAAUGGUAUCCACUUGGACAGUGGAUCUACUUUUCAUUUGCAAACCAAUGAAGAUGACUUUAAAGAAGGAAGUCUACAAGGAAAUCAUGGAGGAUUCCAUAAUGCCUCUAUUGUCAAGGGAAGAGAACUUUAUUGA